AUGAUGGCCAGACUAUACUGUGUGGUAGUCACCCUACUGCUGCUGGCAGAGGUCUCUGGGUUCGAAGAAGGGGCAACCAAUCCUGGGGUUGUGGCCAGAAUCACCAGAAAAGGCCUUACAUAUGCCCGCCAACUCGGAGUAGCCAUCCUGAAGAAGGAGCUGUCCACAAUCAAAUUGCCUGAUUUCUCAGGAAGCUUCAAAGUCAGCUGGAUUAAAACUGUGAGCUAUGACUUUUACAGACUGACGAUCCAUCGCUUCGAGCUCAGGAACUCGGAUUUGAGGCUACGCCCAGGGCAGGGGGUCAGAGCAUCCCUAUCCAAUAACUACAUGUUUGUCAGUGGGAACUGGAAGGUGAAAAAGGCUUUCAUCACCCUAGAUGGUACUUUAGAUGUGAAUGUGGAUGGCAUUUCCAUCUCAGUCUCUCUGAACUUGGGCAAGGACCAGUCUGGACGGCCCACUGCCUCUGUGGCCCACUGCCGCAACUCCAUUGGCCACAUCAGCGUUGACAUUUCUGGACAACUAAGCUGGAUCCUGAACCUCCUCCAUAAAAGAAUUGAAAACAAUUUCAAAAAUAUCUUGGAACAAAAGGUAAACAGAAGGAUAAGUAGAUUUGUGAUCCGCGAAAUGGUCAGGAAGUCAACCACCUCUCACCUGGAGCCCUAUCUCCGGACUCCGCCAGUUAGCUCAAGGAUUGAUCAGGUUGCCGGCAUUGACUACAGUUUAGUAGGUGCUCCCAAAGUGACUUCUCAAGUCCUAGACACACCCUUCAAGGGUGAAUUCUUUGGCCAAAACUGGCACUCCCCAGCCCCCUUCGAUGCUCCGCCCAUCAGGCUGCCCGAGAAACAUGACCACAUGGUCUACUUUGCUGUCUCUGAAUAUGUCUUCAACACAGCCAGCCGGGUUUACCACCAGGCUGGGCUCAUGAACUUCACCAUCCAAAACCACCACAUUCCCCUGGACUCUCCAAUCCACCUGCACACCGGCUCAUUCCGGGCCAUUAUUCCUCAGCUGGCUAGGUUGUACCCCAGUAUGGAGCUAGAGCUUGAGACAUCACCUGAAUCAGCUCCAUUCCUGAUGUUCACCUCUGGGAGUGUGACCCUCCUGCCGGUGAUAGACAUCCAGGCCUUUGCUCUCCUGCCCACCUCCUCUGACCGCAAGCCACUCUUCCAGCUCAGGGUGACAACGAACAUCUCUGCCACCAUCAGUGUGAACUCCGAUAAGAUUGUUGGUUCAGUGACCACAGGAAGUAAGCUGAAAUUGGAACUGAAACACUCCAACAUCCGUUUCAUCAACGUGGAGCUGAUGGAAGCCAUCCUCAAUUACUAUGCGCUCCACACCUUAUACACCUCUCUCAACGCAAAGCUUGAGGAGGGCUUCCCUCUCCCUCUGCAGGACACCCACCUCAACAGUUUGGAGCUCCAAGUCCACGAGAACUUCUUGCUCUUGGGGGCCAACCUUGAUUAG